AUGGGAAAGUCAAAGAAAAGAGGGCAUUCACCUCACGGUUCGUCCUCGGACAGUUAUGAAUGGAAGGUAGCAAAGGUGCUCAUGAGUGUAACGCCAAGACUUACUAAUCAUUAUCAGAAAAACGUUUCCGAAUCUCAAGAUGAUGAUGAAUUUUCUGCUGUCCUUAACCGUAUUUCAUCGCCGAAAUCUGGCGUCAAAGGGGUUUUUAGUUCGCCGCAGGAUAAGGCGAGUUUUUCUCAAUCAAACCCAAACCUGGGAAAAAUCAAUGCGGACGGUCAAAUGAAGAAUACACACUCCUCACAACAAAGGCUGAGUUUUUCAACGAAAGACCAAGGCGCAGAUUAUACGCAAUCACAUCCCAACCAUUCGAUCAAGGACGGAGAGGUGUACGGCGGUUUAGUUUUGGAAGAUAAGCCUGUGAAUACUUCUGCGGAUUGUGCUAAAGUUAUUGAAGAGAGAUACGUUACAAACGAUGAUAUAAAUACAAUGGCUGCUCGGCUGCUUAAAGCUGAGUUAUCCGGGAAUGGGGAAAAGAUAGGAAAAAUUAAGUCAAGACUAGAUCAGCUGCGGGAGGCUCAGCGUAGAAAUAUAAAAGUUCGCUUGACAAAAACGGUACCUGUCUCAUUUAAAGAAGCCAAGCACUCCAGGAAUUUCUCCCCCCUGGCCACUGCAAAUAAAGUUGGUCGGGCUAUCCCCCUGUAUAUCAAGGAAUCUGAAGACCGUUCAUUUGGCAAAAAUUAUGAGAGGGGUAAUUGUCAUAACGAAAAUGGCUUCCGGACUAGAUAUCUUCGUGACGACGGUAAUCGCUAUACUGUCGAUGAGAUGAUUCGUCAAGGAAAACUGGAGACGAAAAGUUCCUGCGACAGGCAGUUUGCAUCGCUAGCCGGUCGAUGCAGAGAUGGCGUAGAUGAAGAGUACGACAGUACCUUUUUGAACAGUGUCACACUGCAAGGCGUUUUGAGGUCUCACCGGAAGUCCGAUGCAAUAACAGAUUACAAACGACGGGAGUAUGCUGAAUCCGUCUGCCCUUCAUGUAUGGAUCAUACACCACGUUACCUAGUAAUGAGUGUCAGGCAUCGUAUGUUUCUCUCACUGCCUGAGCACGUGAGUUUAACCCGGGGGCACUGCCUCCUUACCCCACUGGAGCACGUAGGCGCGAUGACACGGGUCGACGAGGGGGCAGUGGAUGAGGCAUGUGCCUUUAAACGUGAUCUCUGCCGCAUGGCUGCGCUGUGGAAGGGCAAAGGAGCGUCCUAUAUCUUCAUGGAGGUGGCCGGCUAUUCCGAUUCAUUCAAACACCAUGUCCAAAUAGAGUGCGUUCCUGUUGGUCGGGAGACAAUGGACGAACUACCAUCUUAUUUCAAAAAAGCCAUGCUUGAUCUCGGCUCGGAGUGGGAUCAAAAUAAGCGAAUAAUUGACCUGAGACAACCGGGGACUAGCGCGUACAAAGCCAUCCCACCGAAUUUCGGGUACUUUUGCGUUGAGUUCGGGAUUGAUGGUGGCGGCUACGCCAAAGUGAUCGAGAACUGGUCAACCUUCCCCCUCCACUUCGGUCGAGAAGUCCUUGCAGGUGUCAUGGGAAUUUCAGCAGAAAAAUGGCGGAAGCCGAAGAGAGACUCAAUGGAACAGCUUCGAACAAAGGUGGUUGAGUUCGAGAAGAAGUGGGUAACCAUAGUGCAGAGCACUCACGAACAAGACGGCGUAACCCACCGCACCAAAGUGACCGCUACUACCACCUCUGCCGCUAGAUGUGACUUGGAACCUGAAGGCCCCGAAUUGCCCCCAUAA